AUGCCCAUGACAACGACCUCAUCUCAAGAUACAAUUCCUUCUCUACAUAAGCGCAAAGCCGACAAUUUCGAGUGGGAGACGUCCAAGGAGAACGUGAUGCCGCUCAAGCGCGGUCGUAAUGUGGCUGACUUAAACAAAUCAUUGCGUGCACAUGACUCGUUCCAGGCCAAGCUACGACUGGAAGAUGAAGUUAAGGCGAAGGAAUGUGCUAUUGCAGCCUAUGAUGGUGACGAUCCACUCGCCGAUUGGCUCGAGUACGUGCGGUGGCUGGAAAUUAAGAUGCCUGAGGAUACGCGAAAGAAAUUUAAAGUACUGGAGAAAUGUACGCGACAACUGAAGGAUAAUCCAAGAUACAGGAACGACAUGAGAUACAUUCGCCUCUGGAUCCAAUACGCGGACUUGGUGUCUAAUCCUAAGGACAUAUUUAAGUAUUUGUACCAGAACAAAAUUGGUGAGCGCGUCUCCUUGUUUUACAUUGGUUGGGCUUACGUGCUUGAGACGAUGGCAAACUAUCCACAAGCACAUAAGAUUUAUUUAAAAGCAAGCCAGAAGAAUGCAGAACCGCAGGACCUUUUGGAGAGGAAAUACAAGGAGUUUCAGCGGCGUAUGAGUCGUCAGUGGCUGAGAAUGACCGAAGAAAAUGGAUCAACGAGCGACAUUGAUGAGGUAACUCACCGUCAUGCUCUUGAAAGCUUAUCGACAUAUGGAAUGUUGGAACUGAACGAUGCACAGCGGCAACAGCUUCAGCAACAUCGAGCGUCUACCCGGGCUCAACGUGUUCAGAAAGCGAGUGCGCACAAACCGGUAUUUAUUGUCUACGAGGACCCUGUAGUGCGCUCUGUCGAUCCUUUUGGCGGUAACGGUUGUUGGAAAAAGCUUGGCACUAUGCAGCAACAGGACAAAGAAAACGAGCUGGCACCCAGUACGUGGGACCCGCACGCUGUUACCAACGUGGUUGAGACUAGCCGUCAUCCUGAGCGUCUCGCGUUGUCCACGUCGAGAAGCCAUCCAGAUUCCAUCCCACUUCAGGUUUUUGUGGACGAUGAAUUUUCUGUACCUGAGAACGAAUUGAAGCAACGAACAUCUCUGACACAUCGUUCUCAAACACUGCGACAGCGCUUAGAGGGAGUGGCUACGGAGGAAGAAAUGCUUGCCCAGGAACCAUUGAAGAACUUCACGGCUAGCGAUAAGAAGUUACGUGUGCAGAAACAAGGAGCGAGGAGCAGGUUUGAAAGAUCCUGUUAUGAUAUUAGACAGAUCACUUCCAACGCUGGCGAAGCCAUUUCUUUCGAAGAAAUUCGAGCUCGUGCACACAAGCACGCAUACGACCGGCGUUGCCGGAUUGGUCAGCACGCAUUCCAAAAUGUGACUAGCGAUGUUGAAUCUGCAUCUAACGUAGCUGGGACAUUGUCAGAAGCAACCACGGCAGCACCUGUUUCGACUGCUUCUCUGCUGCAUAAAGCAGCUACCACGCGGCCAAUUUCUCAUGAUGUAAAGCUUGCUGAGCAUGAACCAGUAUUACCGGUGGUAGCUGCAGCAGCAAUACCUAGUCAGGUAAAUGUAGUGCACAGCGGCGACCAAGAAGACAUGACCAUCAACACUCGUGUUGCGUUGGAGGAUAUCAACAACAUGUUCUGUAGCCCACCAAGACUGCCAAAGACUACCGUUUUGGAGGAGAAGGAGGGUGAUCCUGUUGAACGAAAACUUCAUUUUAGUGUGUUUGAUGAUUUGGUUGGUAGCGUAGCAAUGAGUGCGCAGGAUCAAUCAUUUCGACAAGAGCCGAACGAGUCUGUCCCGGCGCAUACAUUUCAGGUUUUUCCCGAUGAUAUUCCUGAGGAACCACGCACAGGAAGGAAGACUUGGAGUCAGAAAAGGAAACCCCUUGGUGCCAGGGAUGACCUGGUGAAGAGUGGACGUCUUACGAACAAAGAUGCACUCAUGCAUGCAGAAAAGGAAGCCACUGCAAAGGAAUCUCCUGGAAGCCACUGGAUCCAAGGUGUUACCAAGAAUGUAGCGCAGGAGGGGUCAAUAAGACGAUUUAUGCCAAUUACUAACUAUUUGACACCAAGAAAUAUGAGUCAGCCACUUCCCAUACGCACCAAUUUGAGACCGUGGAGUUUGGAUCCGUAUACUUACGAAAACCGCCAAGCUUUGAUCCUUGAUCGGCGAGUGGACUUGUACCUGUGCUCGAGACCUGAUGCGGUCAAACUUCAUUCAAUAAAGUUGCCCCGAGUUCCGUGCAAUAACUCGGCUAAGCGGAAGCUACGAAAACCGAUUGUCAUCAAAGCCGGCUCAACACAAACGCUUCAGCUAGUCGGAGAGUUAGGUUCGGGCUCAUUUGCAUAUGUAUUUUCAGCAAAUGUUGUAGACACGGUUGGCAACAUCACUUGCAGCAAGGCUGUCAAGUAUGAAAAGGAACGCCAGAACCUGGCUUGGGAAUUCUACGUUACGAACAAGAUCACGAAAAUACUGAGAGACGAGAGGAAGCUGCCGGACGACAAAAUUCCUGUGCCAGCAUUUAGCGAUCUUCAUUUGUUCCCGAAUGGAGCUUUGCUCCUUAUGGAUAAAAGCCCCAUUGGCACACUUUACGAUGUCCUCAAUUCCUACAAACAGUCCGGCGUGGCUUUUCCUGAAGCAUUAGCUGUAUACUAUAGUAUCAAAAUGCUACGUUGCAUCGAGCUGAUCCACAGUGCAAAGGUCCUCCACGGCGACAUCAAACCUGACAAUUGGCUGAUUACACCCGGAAAUCCUCCGUCAGAGCUGUGUGCGAAACUUCGAGGGCGGCACAACGAUGAGACUUUCUGCGCUGGCGACCUCUAUCUGAUCGACUACGGAAGAUCUAUCGACCUCAAUCUAUACCCGGAUGGAACUCACUUUACUGGCAAUUGCCACGUCAAAGGUUUCCAAUGCGUCGAAAUGCUAACGCAACGCCCAUGGACAUACCAGGUCGACACGUUCGCCUUUUGCGGAACGGUGCAUUGCAUGCUGUUUGGAGACUAUAUGGAAGUCAAGCCACAGCGCAACUCUAAGGGCACAACGCACUGGGGGAUCGUUAGGCCAUUUAAGCGCUACUGGCAGGUCAACAUGUGGAAAUACCUUUUUCACGCGCUACUGAAUGUAAGCAGCUGCACGAAGCAACCUUCCUUGUCCAACCUUCGGAGGCGCUUGGAAGACUACUUUGUGUCCGAUACAAGCCGUCAACAAGAACUCGUGAAACAGCUGGAUCGACAGGAUAGGCUUCUUAGAAAGUCAACCGUUUAG